UACACAGAGGGCUACAGCCUUGGCUACAAAGCUACCAACCAGUUACAUUCAUUUACAAGAGAGAAAGGGCAGACAAAACGUGACAGCAGAUAAUCAUCAUGGCAUCAGCAAGCCUGCAGUUCUUUGCUUUUGUUCUGGCUUUGUUUGCUGUUUUUGGAGAUAUCACAGCCACAUUGCUACCAAACUGGAAAGUAAAUGCAGAUGUUGGUUCCAAUAUCAUAACAGCAAUAACACAGAUGCAAGGACUUUGGAUGGACUGCACAUGGUACAGCACCGGGAUGUUUAGCUGUAGCCUGAAAUACUCCGUUCUCUCUCUCCCUGUCUACAUCCAGGCUGCUCGGAGCACCAUGGUACUGUCUUGUAUCCUAUCAGCCUUUGGGAUCUGCAUCACUACAGUUGGAAUGAAAUGCACGAAGCUGGGAGGGGACACUGACAGCAAAAGUCACGCCUGUUUUGCUGGAGGAGUCUGCUUCAUUCUUGCAGGAAUCUUUGGAUUAGUACCAACAUCCUGGUACCUGAGAGAAAUUAUUUCAAAUUUUCUGGACCAAACCAUUCCAGAGAGCAGUAAACAUGAACCAGGAGGAGCAGUUUAUACAGGAUUCAUUUCAGCAGGGUUUCUGCUGAUCGCAGGUGUGAUCUUCUGCACUUCCUGUUUUAAAAAGCAGCAAGGAGCAUGGAUUUACCCUCCAAAGCAGCACCAUUUCCCAACCACAGAGCAGGAGAGCAACGCAGGUUACAACCUGAAGGACUAUGUGUAAAUGCAGAUAUUUCUAUCCAUUGAGGCUUUUUUUUUUUUGUGCUAGAUGUAGUUUGAUUAUUUCAAAGAAUGUGUAACAUCGCACUUUUCUUUCACCUGGUUUGCAGUUUAUGUUUAAGCAAGGUAUUUCAUUUGUAGUGGCAUCCUCAAAAAGAAUGAAGUAGAAAACAAAGCUUAAGCCUGCUAAAAGAAUAUAUUUUUGCUGAUUUUUCAAACCAUUCCUUUUGACUUUCCAAGUAAUAUUGAAUAAUAAUAAAAAAAAUAUCUACAAUAUAUAUAUAUAUAAAAACCGUAACUGAUAGGACAAUUACUAUACUGAUGGCUUGUUACAGCAAAGAUGCUUAAAACCUAACUGCCUUCUAUUUAGUAUAGCAGGCUAUCAAUAACAUAUAGUAUUUUACAGCAUAUUUUACAAUUUUAUCUUUAUUUUAAUUAUGAUGCAAGGGAAAAAAAAAACCAACCACUCUGUCCAAGAAGACCAAUACAAUGGUUUUUAAAUAGCAGACACAUCUGCCUUUCGUUUUCAGUUCUAAAUUGCAUCGGUAACCAGAUUUCUUUAAAAAAGGUAAUAUAUACAAAGACACACAAAACCCAAGCCAAAACAAAAAACCACAACAAAACCCCACAGCCCAAACCUUAGCUGCAUUGUAUGUUCUGCGUAUCAGGCUGAACAAUCAGCAGUACCAUUCAGAUCUUGCCAAAAAUGGCUCUCCCACCCCAAACUGCCAGCUGCUGUGGGUUUCAUUUAUUAUUGUUAAAGAAAUGUCUACUCAGCAUUAAUGAAUUGCUCCCAAUCUAUCACUACACAAUGGCUGUUAGGUUUGAGAAGCAACACGACAACAGAAAUGUAACAAUGACUAUGAAAACACCUGCAAACUGUAACAUGCAGGAUACAAACUACAUGAUCUAUGCUUAAGAAAAAUCUGGAAGCAUUCUGGCUUACACUUGCUCAAAGUAGCUUUUAACAGCUCAAAUACUACAGCUACAAUUGAGGGCCGUCUAAGUUUCUGGCCUUCUAAAGUACCUUUGUAAGGCCUCUGAAUCAGCAUUUUAGGGUCUCUUUCAGGCCCACUCCCAUGUAUUCUAUUACUGUAAAAUGUAACAUACAGUGGUGGCACAGUAAGCUUCUUUAUUUAUUUUCUUAACUCCUUUAUUUUAAUUAAUACCCUUGGUCCCUUUAACCUUUUCUGUCAACACACAGAUUUUCUUUUGUAUUGGUCACCGGCAGAGUAUGUUCUAUCUCAAUGCUUCCCUAAACAAGAAUCAAACCGAUGUUAAUUUGCUAGCAUAGAUAAGAGAAUGAAAAGAGGUAUGAUACAGACCUUUAAAUUUAGGUAUGUGCUGGACAAGUCUUUCAACAAAACCAACUGCUACUUAUAUUCAACUUUCAUUUCAUCAGACCAAAAUUCACUAAAACAGUAUGAAGGGGCCUUAACAUUAUAUGUAUACUUCAUUGGAAAAAGUAGAAUCUUCUGUUACAGCAUUUAAGAAAUGGAAUGUUUUAUGCAUCUAAUAUGUAAAGAGUCUCUAUUCCAAUAUACAUAGAAUAGAAUUAUGUCUUGCUUGUAUUAGUACUGUUACAUAGACAUUUUGAGUUUUCUAUGUAUUCAUCAAGGAGCUUGUCUUGUACUAUUCCUAAUACUAGUAUCAGCAGUUACUCAGUAUUGCAGAGACUUAGCUAUGACCAAGAAGCCAGAUUCUCUUUGCUUAAGACACAAUGCUGUGCAGCACCAUUCCAUUCCAUCAGCCAAGAGUCUUUUACGUCUCAACGUUCAUAGCAUUGUUGAAAUAAUAUUCGUUCCUUGAAAAAAUGAGGUUAACUCCUCAUUCCCAAGAACAUGCAUCUCCACCUUUAGUCAGAGGUUUGACAUGACACUAACCUGUGAUCACUGCUAUGUAUGAGUUAAAACUAACAUUUGUAAAAUAAGAAACAAAGGCAUUUUCACAGGCAGACAUAAGAAAGAGGUAAUAAUUGCGUACUAUAAGCAAAAUGAAGUAUUCAUCGGUUACAAAAGCAGCUAAUUUUUCUUCCUAAAACUUUAUACAGAAGUACCUGAACUUGUUACAUCUGUAAAACAAAAAUCAACCACUGAGCCAGUUCAUUCACAAUAGGCUGCAACAGCCUUCCAAGAAAACAAAGAUUCUGUCAGAAAUGGUAACAUUUAAAAACACAUCAGUCCACGGCUAAAAGAACAGGGACAAGACAAUAUCAAUCUACAAUAGGCAUUUGAAGGAAACAAAAUAUAGUGAAAACAGGUGUCACAUCUGUCUGAAAAAUUUGUACUUUCUGCUUUUGCAAUAUAAGCAAUACUUCUUUUAACUCAAUGUAUUAAAUAAAAAUACACUCGCCUUUAGUGGUACUGCCUUUUUUAUUCAACAGACUACCAACUGACUGUAGGAUUUCCUAAUACUAAGACAUCAGUCACAAUUGUAUGUGUUACCUCUCUCAGUCAACUGUGGCCUUUUCAGUACAGGAAAAUGGGAAUAUCAGUCAUAGCUUCCCAAUUCUGAGGCACAGUCAGCACAAGACACUUGACUAUACUAGCUCUACUAUGCCCUCAAAUUGUAUCCACCACUGAGAAACCACCAUCACAGAAUUGGAAUUCUGCCUUUACUCAACCCUAUUUCACAUAAUUAACAGUGAGAUGACAUCCUGACAUUAUUUUUCCUUCAGCAGAAGACUGGAGAAAAAAACCCCACCCUAACCCAAAAAUGCAAAGCAAAAAAUAAGAUGUCUUAAGCAUGAUCAUUUUUCUUCACAACAGACUGCUGUCACAACUAAUAAUUUAACAUACCUUAACAGCUACUUGCUCAAAAAAUACUAACAAAAUUUUAAAUCAUCAUCAGAAUAUGCCCAGAUAGAGGCCUUAAAAUUCACUGUGAUAAAAGAGAGAACAACCUUCUAAAGGUUCUCAAGAGGUAAGCCUUAAGAUGAAAAAGACCAAGAGAGAGACUAUGAUAAGGGGGAAACAAGAUACAUUGAUGAGAUCAACCAACCAGUUUAUGAGGAAUUUUCGUAAGCUG